AUGAAUGUGAUAAGUGUGCUACUGUUUUUCAUGUCUUUUCCCAUGUUGACAUAUUGUCAAAGUGGUACGGAUCCACAGGAUGAGAUUUGGAAGCCAGAUAUUUCUCUCAGGAACACAUUUAAAUCCUUUACUGGACUUGGUGCCAGUUACCUGAAUGUCUACGUUACAUCUAAUGGGGUUGUUGAAUGGAGACCAUACCAGGUUCUGGAAUCAACUUGUUCGGUUGACAUAACUUUUUUUCCAUUUGACACACAGACGUGUGAGUUAAAGUUCACAGCAUGGAGUUAUUCAAAAUCUCAUGUCGAUCUGAAUGUGGGAAGCAAAGGUGUUCAACUUGAAGAGUAUGUAGAAAAUUCCGAAUGGGAAUUAGUUCAAACUUCAGCAAGAGAAACGAAUACGGAAGAAGCAGCUGUAUUCUUCACGUUAAAAUUAAAGAGGCGACCAUACUUUUACGUGUUGAAUAUCAUCGUACCAGUAAUUUUUCUCUCCCUCCUGGACAUAUUUGUGUUUGUUCUGCCUGUGUCGUCUGGAGAAAGAGCAAGCUAUGCGAUCACAGUUUUCUUGUCAAUGGCCGUUUUCUUAACAAUAAUAGCAGAUGCAUUACCACAAAAUUCUAUGACAAUGUCCUUGUUGUCGGUAUAUUUAAUGCUUAUGAUAAUUGUGAGUACUUUUAUUGUUAUUUUAAGCAUUGCAGAAUUGAGACUUGCAACUCGAGACGUCAAUACGCAACCUAUAAGCAAAAGCUUUUUGUUUUUCAUUAAAUGUUCACAUGUAAUUACAUGUAAGGUCUGUAGAAAGUCAGUGGCUCCAUCAACUAGGCAAGUAAGUUCGAAAGAAAAGAAGCGCAAUCUUCCGGAUAGUAGGGUGACAUGGCCGGACAUCGUUGAAGCUAUAGAUAUUGUCUUCUUUUGGAUCACGAUGAUAUACACCCUUCUCAUCACCCUUAUCAUCGGUGUAGUGGCUGUGAAUGGUGGAGAUACUUAG